AUGGCAGGUCAUGGAAGGAAUUUUGCGGGAGAAAGUGACUCAGAAGAGGAGUUAGAUGACCUUGUUGAUAUGAUUAUGGUAGGAAGGAUGGAUGUUGAUUUAUUUAUGCGCUUCUGUCAGGUCCUGCGUGAUGGAGGUUAUAUUGAAUUAUCGAAGUUUGCACAUGUAUCUACUGAGCAAUCAGUGUGCAUGUUUUUGCAUUUAGCAAGCCACAAUGCUAGGCAACGAGUACUGGCAAAAAGGUUUCAACACUCAACGGAAACCAUCAAUCGACAAGUUCGACAAGUGUUGCGAGCAAUUUGUAAUUUGAGCACUUCUCUUAUUCGGACAAGGAAUGAACAUACCACGCAUCAUAGAAUCUUGGAGGACAACAGAUAUUAUCCUUGGUUCAAGGUACAUUCAAUUAUAUACACACAAAUGUUGUCUUCAACUCCGGCGCUUAUGUUUCAUUGUGUUGGUGGUGGAUUAAACCUGUAUAAAUAA